AUGGGAAGCAGCAUUAGCGGAGGAGAUGGUGGUCCAAGUUCGUCGCAAAAACGAGUCUCGCUAAGUGAUAGUACGGAAAUUAUUAGCCGGGAGGGUGGGCGGUUUUGUUACCCUGAUUUUUCGAGUGAUGACGAGGAUGACGAAGACGAUGAUACAGAAAAAGAUGACGAACACGAAAGCUGGGACGAGAGUGACGAAGAGUUGUUGGCAAUGGAAAUACGCAUGAGGGGCCAGCCACGUUUCGCAAACUUCCGAGCCGCGACUUUGUCCCCCGUCCCUUUUGCAGCAGGGAAAAAGUGGAAUACUGUCCCUCUACGAAAUAGUCCAAAAUCAGAGCAAAGCCCGCCCUUCCCUCCGCCCAGAUCCACGUCAUCGCCGUAUCAUGCCACCAACAUACUACAAAGACACUUCGCCAAUUGGACCAAGAGCGCAGGUCUGAGUUCUUCAAGGCAUGCCGAUGUUGAUGGAGAGGGAAGACGUGGGAAUCCUGAUAGCUCCAAACCGAAACGCUGGAUAUCCUUUAGAAGUUUCUUCAAAAGACGAAAAGACGAUGAAGAUCAAAAAGAAAAGGUUGAAAAGGAGAAAGGAAAAUUGAUUGGAAUCGAUGGGACGGUUAUCCACAUGCUGCCAGCUCCACCCGUGCAGCAGCAUCAGUGGUUCACAGAGGCCAAGCCAGAGGAUCCCAACCAAAAACCAACCAUCGUUUUCACGUAUAAACCGGAGAGUGGACCAGGAGACGGCGAGCUGAGGAUCGAGGAGGUGAGAGAGACAGCGCUGCUAAAUCCAGAAGACAGUCUGAGGUCUGCAACAGCAAGACGGACGCCUUCUCCCUCAAGCAACGGCGGAGAAGCAACCAGGGUCAGAGCAGAUGCCCAGACGUCCCACUCCACACACUUCCUCCAGCUCAUCAGGAGGAAUCCUGAGGCGUUGCCAGGCCAGCUGAGAGACACAGUCCCUCCAACAUGUCCUGGGUCUUUCCUGGUCUCCACCAAGAAUAUAACCCUUCUCAUCCUCAAAACCUGA